AGUUGAGGCCGCGCUGCCACCGGGUCUCCUGCCUUGAGGGCUUCGGCUCGCUGCGGCUGCGGUGGCCGCCAGAAGAGGCGGCGGGGGCGGGGGGAGAGGAGGGCCUGGGCCCGCGCUCCCCCAGCCCCAGAGGAGCAGGGGGCGGCCGCAGAGGGAGAGAUUCGCCCCGGCGGUCGGACAUCCCUGCCGUACCCGCCUGGGAUCAUGACCCAGGCGGGGGUCGCCGCCGCUGCUGCCGCCGCGGCCGAGACUGCGCAGCCCGCGGUAAGAAGAAAGCAUAACUUAUAGACCAUCUUCUGGCAGAAGAUGAUAGAUUUGGAUCAGAAACUAGAGGCGUUGGAAGCUAGGAAUCAAAAGUGAAGAAAUUCUGCAAGCCCUUGGGUGAGAAAGGUUCCUGUCACUGUAACCAUGCCAGAAAUGACAGAGAGUGAGACUCCUACAAAAAAGCAGCACAGAAAGAAAAACCGGGAGACACACAAUGCAGAAAUCCCAGAGGGGGCUGGCUGCCUAGAGGAAUAGGGAAGACAUGAGCAGCAGGCUGUAGAUCUUAAAGUGGAGAGGCAUAGGAAGAAAAAAAUCAAUGCUGGGAUUAACAGAAUAGGAGAGCUGAUCCCAUGUUCCCCUGCACUGAAGCAGAGCAAGAAUAUGAUCCUGGACCAAGCCUUUAAAUAUAUAACAGAAUUGAAAAGGCAAAAUGAUGAACUCCUGCUUAAUGGAGGAAACAAUGAACAAGCUGAAGAAAUUAAAAAGCUACGUAAACAACUGGAAGAAAUUCAAAAGGAAAAUGGUCGAUAUAUUGAAUUACUAAAAGCAAAUGACAUAUGUUUAUAUGAUGAUCCCACAAUCCACUGGAAAGGAAAUCUUAAAAACGCCAAGGUCUCUGUUGUUAUUCCCAGUGACCAGGUUCAAAAAAAUAUUAUUGUUUAUUCCAAUGGGAGUCAGCCUGGUGGAAACAGCCAGGGAACAGCUGUUCAGGGGAUCACCUUUAAUGUUGGUCAUAAUUUACAAAAGCAAACCGCCAAUGUGGUGCCAGUACAGAGGACUUGCAAUCUUGUGACUCCUGUGUCUAUUUCUGGAGUUUACCCCUCUGAAAACAAGCCAUGGCCUCAGACUGCAGUUUCUGCAUUGGCUGCCAACCAGCCUGUUCCUCUUUGUCUUCCUGCUACCAUUCCUGCUCAAAAUAUUCUCGAGCUUUCCACCUCUGAAAGUGAAUCAAAUGUUCUUGGUGCCACCACUGGCUCCCUGAUUGCUAUUCCUGUUGGACCUGAACCUCAACAACAUCGUCCCUCGCACACAAGUCUAAAUGACCAAAAUUCUUCUGAAAGUAAGAAUGGGCAAGAGAACCCCAAAUUAUUGAAGAAAAUGGUCCCUUGUGCCACAAGCAUCCCCUCCAGCUCUUCAGCAGCAGCCACUAAAGUGAACCAUGGAGGCAAGACCUGCCCGAGCGUACCGGAUCUCAGAAGUGAUUUUCAAACUACCUUUGUUGUUUCAGUUACCACCACAGUCUGUUCCCAGCCUCCUAGAUCUUCAAGUGAUUCCUGUCCAAUGAGCAUUAGCAAGGGUACAGACUCAGCAAGUGUCAGCACAACGGUGGCCCCACCUGCCCCUGGAGGAGGGAAGACCACCAGUCCCAUAAGCACUCUUUCUGCAAACCCUUUGGAUAAUGGCUGGGCUCGCUCUUGUUCUUUACCUUCUUCAGCUGUUAGUGCUUCAGAUAUGAAAAACAUUAAUAGCCUUACUCGAAUUUCAUCAGCUGGAAAUACACAGACAACAUGGACUACUUUGCAACUGGCAGGAAACACUAUUCAGCCCUUAAGCCAGACACCAUCUUCUGCUGUGACUUCAGUACUAAAUGAGUCUGGUACUAGCCCCACCACAACAAACCACAGUAGACACGGAUCUACUGGCAUCAACUUGAAUAAUUCCUUUCCAGCAGAUGGGCAGCCAGUUGAGCAAGUAAUUGUAACCUUGCCUUCUUGUCCAUCCUUACCUAUGCAGCCACUAAUUGCCCAGCCACAAGUUAAGUCUCAGCCCCCCCAAAAUAUCCUUCCAUUGAAUUCAGCAAUGCAAGUGAUUCAUAUGGCUCAGCCAGUGGGGACAGCUGUUAAUGCAGCUCCAGCUAAUCAAAAUGUUAUCAUUCUUCAGCCUCCCAGCACCACUCCAUGCCCAACAGUGAUGAGGGCAGAGGUUGCUAACCAAACCGUAGGUCAGCAGAUAGUAAUUAUACAGGCAGCUAAUCAGAAUCAUUUGCCACUCCUCUCAGCUCCACCUCCUGGUAAUGUUCGGCUCCCUGUCAAUGGAACCAGUGCUAUCAUAGGAUCUAAUUCAGUGCAAAAUGUUUCAACUCCACAGACUUUUGGGGGAAAGCAUCUUGUCCACAUAUUACCAAGACCUUCAUCAUUAUCAACAUCUAAUUCAACACAAACUUUUUCUGUUACCAUGUCAAACCAACAACAGCCUCAAACCAUUUCUUUAAAUGGACAGCUCUUUGCUUUGCAGCCUGUGAUGUCUUCAUCAGGCACUACAAACCAAAACCCUAUGCAAAUUAUUCAGCCUACCACCAGCGAAGAUCCAAAUACCAACGUUGCCCUGAAUACGUUUGGCGCUUUGGCCAGCCUCAAUCAAAGCAUAUCACAGAUGGCUGGGCAAAGCUGUGUACAAUUGUCUAUUAGCCAGCCUGCCAACCCUCAAACUGCUGCAAAUAGUCAAACCACCCCAGCUAACUGUGUUUCAUUAACAGCAACUGGAGCCUCUCCCGUGACAACGGAUAGUUCAGCCACACUACCCAGUAUUUAUAAUCUAGUGACUACUCCUUCAGUGAACACUGUAGUGUGUUUGCCUAACGUGAAAUCAAAAAGGUUGAACAAGAAGCCAGGUGUCAAGAAACACUUAGUAGCUAACAAGUCAGCAUGCCCCCUAAAUCCAGUCAGAGAUGUGGGCAAGGCAGACUGCCUCAGCACUGAAGGUUCAGCAGAGCCACCAUGUAAUGCUGGACUGCUGGAAAGCCCCGCUCUUGUGUUGCCAUCUGUUGCUGUGUCCCAGGCAAAGAGUACUGUCAGUGUUUCUGGUUCACAUCCUUUGGAUGUUCUGAAUUCAGAAUCAGUGAUACCUGAGUCUGUACCCAAAUCUAAGUCAGCAGAAGAGUCUAAUUCACCUUCCCAAGAAUCUAUAACAAGUGAACAUUUAGCAAUGGCCCCAGCAAAAUCCAAAGAUUCUGCCCCCAUAGUGCAACGAGAGACAUCUCAGGAUAAGCCACCACCUAGUUUGGCAUUGUCAGAUGUUGCCAAACCCUGUACUUCAGCCAACAUGUUGAUUUCACCUUCAAAUGAUCCCCACAUUUUGGUUUCUCAGGUUUCUGGUUUGUCUUCUGCCACGAGCACCACAAGUACCGACUCGGUUUCUGAGGUAGAAAUCAUUGCUGAACCUUGCAGAAUUGAGCAAGAUUCAUCAGAUAGAAUGCAAGCCCCAGGUCUCUUAAAGGAGCAAGGUUUAACUGCAUUACUAUCUGGCCUUGCUAAAGAAAAAGACCCUCAGAAAUCAUCUCUUUCAGUCCAGAUGGACCAUCCUGACUUUUCUUCCGAAAAUUCUAAAAUAGUUGAUUCAAGUGUUGAUUUACAUCCCAAACAGGAGUUGUUACUGAUGAACAGCGAGGAUAGAGAUCCAGGACAGCAUCAUUCCUGCACCCCCGAUCACGAGGGUAUUCAUGGUUCUUUGCUCAGCAGUAGGCAGGCUGACUCUCCCAUGUCAACCAGCUCUGGCAGUAGUCGUAGUUUCUCAGUUGCAUCCAUGCUUCCUGAAACAACCAGAGAGGAUGUCACCAGCAAUGUAACAACUAAUACGUGUGACAGCUGUACCUUUGUAGAGCAAACUGAUAUAGUUGCUCUUGCAGCAAGAGCUAUUUUUGACCAGGAAAACCUUGAGAAGGGAAGAGCUGGCACCCAGGCUGAUACAAGGGAAGUUACUUCAAAGCCUUCUGAAGCAUCAUCUUUAGAAGGAGACCAGCCUUUCAAAACACAUAUCUCUAAAGAGAAUGGCCCAUGUCAGGCAGAAUCAACACCAAAUGAAUUUAAUUCUCAGGAUUCAAUUGAAGCAACUAUGGAGAGGCCCCUUGAAAAACCAAGUUGCUCUGUAGGAAUUAAAACAUCAAAUGCCUCUUUGCAGGUUUCCACUUCUCAGCCACCAAACGUCACCAGUUUAAGUGUGAAUAAUCUUAUCCAUCAGAGCAGCAUCAGCCAUCCUCUCGUCAGCUGUGCUGGAUUAACCCAAACUUCAGAGCAAACAGCUGUUCCUGCUACAGUUAAUCUGACUGUUUCAUCUAGUUCCUAUGGCAGUCAGCCUCCUGGACCAUCUCUGGUUGAAUAUUCCCAAGAACAACUAAGUACUAUGACUGGUACUAUACCAAAUCCACAGAUUCAAGAGCCACUCUUAAAGCCAAGUCAUGAAAGCCGUAAGGACUCUGCUAAACGUGCUGUCCAAGAUGACCUUCUACUGUCUUCAGCUAAACGUCAAAAGCAUUGUCAGCCAGCCUCUCUCAGGCUUGAAGGUAUGUCCCUGAUGAGCCGAACUCCAGACAGCAUUUCUGAUCAAACUCAAAUUAUGGUUAAUCAGAUUCCUCCCAACUCUUCAAAUUCAGUUGUGCCUAUUAGCAACCCAGCACAUGCAGAUGGCCUUACACGAUUAUUUCCACCUACUAACAACUUUGUGGCCCCUGCACUGAGGCAAACUGAAGUUCAGUGCAGUUCUCAGCCUUCAGUUGCUGAGCAGCAACAAACCCAGGCCAGUCAGCAUUUGCAGGCCCUGCAACAGCAUGUUCCAGCUCAAGGGGUAUCUCACCUGCACAGUAACCAUCUCUACUUAAAGCAGCAGCAGCAGCAGCAGCAGCAGCAGCAGCAGCAGCAGCAGCAGCAAGCAGGACAGUUAAGAGAGAGGCAUCAUUUAUAUCAACUGCAGCAUCACAUACCCCAUGCAGAGAGCUCUGUCCACUCUCAGCCCCAUAAUGUCCACCAGCAGAGAACUCUGCAACAGGAAGUUCAGAUGCAGAAAAAGAGGAAUCUUGUUCAGGGCACUCAGGCCUCCCAGCUUUCCUUACAGCCAAAGCACCAUGGGACUGACCAAUCCCGACCCAAGAGUGGUCAGCCACAUCCCCACCAUCAGCAGAUACAGCAACAGAUGCAGCAACACUUUGGAAGCUCCCAGCCAGAGAAGAGCUGUGAAAACCCUUCAACUAGCCGGAACCACCAUAACCAUCCCCAGAACCAUCUCAAUCAAGAUAUUCUGCACCAGCAGCAGGAUGUUGGAAGCAGACAGCAAGGAUCAGGGGUUUCUUCUGAACAUGUAUCUGGACAUAAUCCAAUGCAGAGGCUCUUGACAUCAAGAGGCAUAGAGCAGCAAAUGGUGUCCCAACCAAGUAUUGUGACUAGACCUUCAGAUAUGACCUGUACUCCACACAGACCAGAGAGAAAUAGAGUUUCAAGUUAUUCUGCUGAGGCACUCAUUGGAAAGACAUCUUCUAAUUCAGAGCAGAGAAUGGGUAUAUCGAUUCAGGGUUCUAGAGUUUCAGAUCAGCUUGAAAUGAGAAGUUAUCUUGAUGUACCCAGAAAUAAGGGUUUGGCCAUUCAUAAUAUGCAGGGUCGUGUGGACCAUAACGUUGCCUCAGAGAUCCGCCUUUCUGACUGCCAGACAUUUAAACCCACUGGAUCCAUUCAACAGCCCCAGAGUAACUUUGAAGUGCAGUCUUCAAGAAAUAAUGAAAUAGGUAACUCUGUAUCGUCAAUGAGGAGUAUGCAGUCUCAGGCUUUUCGAAUUAGUCAAAACCCUGGUCCACCACCAAUUGACCGCCAAAAGAGAUUACCUUAUCCACCAGUUCAGAGCAUCCCAACAGGAAAUGCUAUCCCAGCAAGGGACAGUGAAAAUACAUGUCAUCAAAGUUUCAUGCAGAGUUUACUUGCCCCCCACCUUAGUGAUCAGGUCAUUGGAAGCCAGAGAUCACUCUCAGAACAUCAGAGGAAUACACAGUGUGGUCCAUCCCCUGCUAUUGAAUAUAAUUGUCCCCCAACUCAUGAAAGUGUCCAUAUUAGAAGAGAGAGUGAAAAUCAGAAUAGGGAAAGUUGUGAUAUGUCCUUAGGUGCAAUUAACACCAGGAACAGCACCUUGAAUAUUCCUUUUUCAAGUUCUUCUUCCUCAGGAGAUAUUCAAGGCCGAAACACAAGUCCCAAUGUUUCUGUACAGAAGUCCAAUCCCAUGAGGAUUACUGACAGUCAUGGGACCAAGGGCCACAUGAACCCUCCAGUCACUACCAACAUGCAUGGGGUUGCAAGGCCAGCUUUGCCACACCCAUCUGUGUCUCAUGGAAAUGCUGAUCAAGGGCCUCCUGUACGUCAAACUAAUUCUUCAGUUCCUCAGCGAUCCAGGCAUCCCUUGCAAGAUAGCAGUGGUUCCAAAAUUCGUCCGCCCGAAAGGAAUCGUUCUGGAAACCAAAGGCAUAGUAAUGUCUUUGAUCCAAGUCUUCCCCAUCUUCCUCUGUCUGCUAGUGGCAGUAUGAUUCUUGGACGCCAACAACCCACUACAGAAAAGAGAGGAAGUAUUGUUCGUUUCAUGCCUGAUAGCCCACAAGUACCUAAUGAUAAUUCAGUGCCUGAUCAGCAUACACUAUCACAAAAUUUUGGUUUUCCUUUUAUUCCUGAGGGUGGCAUGAAUCCACCAAUAAAUGCUAAUACUUCUUUCAUUCCACAGGUUACUCAGCCUAGUGCCACUCGAACUCCAGCCCUCAUUCCUGUAGAUCCCCAAAAUACUUUACCUUCCUUUUAUCCCCCGUACUCUCCUGCUCACCCUACACUAUCCAAUGACAUUUCAAUCCCCUAUUUUUCAAAUCAAAUGUUCUCAAAUCCUAGCACAGAGAAGGUAAACAGUGGAAGUUUAAAUAACCGAUUUGGGUCAAUUUUAUCUCCUCCAAGACCUGUUGGUUUUGCUCAACCAAGUUUUCCUCUUCUCCCUGAUAUGCCACCAAUGCACAUGACCAACUCUCACUUAUCCAAUUUCAAUAUGACAUCUUUGUUUCCAGAAAUAGCUACAGCUCUUCCCGAUGGCUCAGCAAUGUCACCUUUGCUUACAAUCGCAAACUCCUCCGCCUCUGACUCUUCCAAGCAGUCUACAAACAGACCUGCCCACAACAUAAGCCAUAUUUUAGGUCAUGACUGCAGUUCAGCUGUUUAAAUACUGAUAGACUAAACAUAAAUGUAACAGGUGAGAUCACAACUGUAUUUGUGUGUGCAUGUACAUGCACAUGAAGAGGGAGAUUGCGCGUGUGUAUGCCCUUGUGUUCAUAUAAUCAGUUUCUAGUUACCUUCUGAAUGUAGGGAAGCCGUGUCAGAGAUGAUGCAAAUACUAGGUUGUCAAAUUACCUUCCAUUUUUAAUCACAUCAUGUGCAUUUUAUAUUUUCCAAGCAGAUUUGCAUUUUGAAGUUUGAUUUGUAAUCCCUAAAUAUUAAUCAGCUGGAAGCUGGGUGAGAACAUCUUGGCAUUUGUUGAGUAGUAGGAAGGAACCUGGAUUUUGAACUUGAUUGUUGAGAGUAUGUAAAAUAGUUGAAAUAGUUGAAUUGUUCUCCAAAAAUACAGAUAAUUCUGUGUAGCACAAUGGCUUAUAACCAAAUGCUGGUUAUGUCAGCAUCUAGAAUGGUUUCUUACCCAUGGCAGGUGUUGAAUUAUUAUAGAAUGAAUGUCCAUGGUUAUAGGCAAGCAGUUAGCAAAUAAAUGAGUUGUUUAAGGUCAUCCAUUAUUCCCAAGAUUUGGAUUAGGUAGAGGCUUCUUUCUUAACUAUAACAGUAAAUUAUCUGAGUUUCAUGUCUUGUUCCUCAAGUUAGAGACCUAUGUUAUCCUUUAAUGUGCCAAGAUCCUUUAAAGCAAAGGUCUUCCUUAAACAGUUAGCCUUAAAAAUAGAAAGCUCAAAAAAGUACAUAGAUACCCUGCAUUUUGUGCUUGCAUUUUGUAUCAGACCAUAAGGAUAAGAGCAGUUCCAUUGUGGAGUUUUACAUGCAUUCAGUCAAAGAUUAUUGUUUCAUCAAUUGUGUUUUGUGUUAAUUCAUUCUGUUUAUUGAUCUUGAAGUAAAUUCUUUUACAUUUGUUUAAUCACUAGGGACUGGUCAGUAAACAGUGUGUUUGGAAACAUAAUUAUUUGAGCCUUACUUUAAAAAUAUUUUGCAAGGUCUUAAGCUCUGUCUUAAUUUUCAGUUACUGAUAUUUAUGUUUAAAAUAUGACAUUGUAUAUUGCAUUAUUAUCCUUCAUAGUAGAAUUAUAAUAAGAUGAAUUUGUUCAAUAUUUUUCCUGAUGGUAGAUGUGAAAUGGUGCUUCAAAAAUUGUCUUUAUAUAUGUCUGUGUGUAUGUGUGAAUGUGUGUGUGUACACAUUGAUUUUAAAGUAUAAACUGGUCGUUUAAAAAUAGGCCUGCCAUCUGAAAAUGGGAAAUUGAGACCCAAGACCUGCUGAAGUAUAGAAAAAGUUGAUGUAGGGGUUUUAAAAAGCCCUGCUGAAGUUAAUAAUAAACCUAAAAAAAUAUAUGUAUAUACUUAGUUUAAGUUUUCAAAAUUCAGUAUAUAAGUCAACAACCAUACAUGUUCGUAUUCUCAAACCCACUACUUUUUGUUGUUAUAUUCUGCCAAAACUGGGAUGGAGUGGGAGAGAUGCAUAUGAAUUGUUCUGCCUGCUCUGUUAACAAAGUGAACCCAAGGACCAGCAUUUCCUUCCCCCUUCCUUAAAAAAGCCUCCUAGGACUUGGUUAGAGCAGUGAACUCCAGUGAAUACCUCUUCUAAAGACUCAGCAAAAGGGUCAUCUGUGCCUCUUCAACUGUUCUUAACCAAACUUUCCCAUCUACUCAUGCUGCCGGCAGAAACAGCUUUCUGGGGGCAAAAAUAUUGUAAAUGAGAAAAACUUUUGUAUUUUCUCCCUUCAAAAUGGUGGUGGCGAGGAAUAGGAGAGCAUCAUGAAUAAAUUAUUCCAGAAGACCAGAUAAACACAGUAGUUAAAAGUUUAAAUUGAAAAAAAUGUGAGAUUUAUUACUUGUUUUUAAAUUAACUGAGCUUUAAGCUUUAACAUUCAAGUUUUUCUUUGUACUUGAAAGAUCCAAUCUGCUAAUUCCAAGGACAGUUUUCAGUGUGUUUGACUGUUCUGUCUCUCACAGUCACACACACACACACACACACACACACGCACACAGUGGGUGGCUAGUGAGUUCUGAAGAACUGGGAACUCUUAGAUAUAAUUGGAACUAAGAUAACAAGCUAAGGAGAAACUUAGUUUGAACAUCGCAAUGAAAAGGCCUCAAAGCCUGGAACUUUCAGAUACUUCUCUGUUGCACUGAUUGUAUUUUUCUCUUCAGCUCUGUUCAGCAGUACAGUUCUCAGAGCUUUCAUUCCAAGCCUGUAACGCUUUGAUCCUGAAUGAUUCUUUACCCCUAAAGGCUUAUCUGACCACCUGAGGAAAGAUGUCACCAUCUGCAAGUAAUUUGGCCCCUGCUUACAUGUAGCUCCAGUUAUCUUACAGAAAUGUGUGUGUAUACAUACAUAUACAUAUAUACAUAUAUAUGUAUACACACACACACACGAGGUUAUUUUACAUAUGAACUCAAGUCUGUAAGGGUUCCGAGCAUAGUAAUCUUAUUUGACUUAAAAGCACAAGUGUAUGAGGUUUACCAGCAGUAUUGAGUUCAUGAUAUUAGAGCUACCUGAUUUUGGGGGUGGAAUUUAUCUUAAUAUCUAGUGAUAUCUGGAUGUCAUUUUUGGCAAAGGAUUGGCAGAGAGCAUAGUCAGUUCUGGUUAUAGUAAAUUUAAUGUUAUCCUUGGCUUGCUAAUAUAUGACUAUAGCAUGUAAAACCAUUUCUACGAAUAAUUUUUUAAUUUCUGGAAAUACACAAGCUUAUGUAUGAGUUGUAAAUGAGAGUCACUGAUUAAGUCAAUUUUCUCUUAGUAUUAUUAAUCAUAUGGAAUCAGUUACAGAAAGUGGUUGAUUCCUCUAAACAUUUAACACAGUAACUUCUAGUGAGGUGAAAACUUUCAGAUUUUUCAUCAUGUAUAAACUUUUAGUGUGUGAAUCAUAGAUAAAAUGAAUCAAGUUUCAUGUAUUUUUUUUAUUUGUACAAACAUUGUUUUGGAAUGUUUUAUACCACUUCAGGACAUUUAUUUUUUGUUUUUAUUGUGAGACCUUCUGGUAGUGUCAGAGAUGGUCCCUGUUUCCAAGUAAGGACUGAGAAUUUCAGAGUGAUCAUGCUUUAUACAAUUUAAUAUAUCAGAACUGUGGAGAGAGAGAGAUGAGGAGGAAAUGUUCUUUUGCAGCAAUUUCCAGUCACAUAUCAGGGUGAACUUCAAUGAGGAUGAACUUUUAAAAUCAGCUUUUUAAAAUAAAAAAUUAUAUAAGCAAACUUACUUAAAAUUAUUUUAACUAUAAUUCACUUGCCAUGCUCUUGCCUUCUAACAUUGGCCAUUUCCUGUAGAGGCAGAAAUGUCUACACCUGUCCCCCCAAAAAUGUGGGAACACAUUUAAUGGGAGUAAAGUUUUAAAAAUUUGAGAAAGGGUAAUGACUUAUAUAAACUUAUCUUCUUAGCAAUAUCCUUCCUUUGACACAUAGGUACCUAGGCUCUUAUUUUCAUCCAUCUGAUCUAUGUUAAACAGGUGGCAGGGAAUCUGGUCAUUUCCUUAGCAUGAUGAUUACUCCUUUGCCUUGAAACAUUUAUUGGGCAUACCAUCUAUUGGGUCAGUGUGUGACAGGAAAUCAUACUCCCAAAUCAAUGAUACCCAAUUCCUGAUUUUGGGAACUAAUAAGUCACCCAAUUUCUCAAAACAGAAGUAAGUUAAAAUUGAUUUAAAAUAUUUAAUGUGCCAUAUAGUUCUGUUUCUUGUUUUAAUAAGCACCCCCCUGCCCUCCAUGGAGUGAAGAAAGGGCAAAGCUGAUCCCAAAAGACAGCUUUGGGUUGCUAUCCUUAGGAACCUGGAUGUCGUUGUAAAUCUGUUGUCUACAUAAACUCUGCCUUUGCCUGGAGGUAAUUGCCUAUGGCUUUGUACAUCCAGAGGGCAGUAGUAAUAGCCAGAGAAACUAGUGUGAAGUUACUCUGUGAGUGAUGAUUUUAUGAUACGUAUAUGCACAUUAAAGGCCAGAAAAUAGUUUCUUGAGAUACCUUUUUGGCUACUAUUUCUCCUUCACCAGAGUUCGACAUAAAGGGGUCCUUUUUUGGACUUAACCAUAUUUUCCCUGCAUUUUAUACUUCCUGUGUGAGCCUGAGUGUUUUCUAUUGAGUCUGUAGGGGACAUCAAGAUUAGAUUGAGGCAGUCCAGAUAUCCCAGGAGAAAGGGUUAAGGGCCUUCUUGGACAGAGUUUCUUUCUAGUUCUGCUCACAUGCCUCUUCUCUGGUACUGCACUUUACUGAAACUGUGCCUCUGGUCCUAAGACCAGCCAUUGGAACAUAUUGCUCACCUGCUCCUCUGUUAUAGCAAAGAACCAGCCAGGAUGGCACCUGUCAAGUAAUCAAACACCUGGAAGACAAGUACAGUUGAUGUUUCUCACUGUUGCCUUAUCAUUCUCUGAGCCAUCUUCGAUUCCAAACUUGUAAAAAAAGAAAAAAAACUUACUAGGUAGAAGCAAAACUCCUUUUAAACUCCGCUUGUAUGUGAUGGUCAUCCAGCAUCCUUAUUUCUAGAUUUGUGCAAACAACAAUAUCCUUAUUUAUAGAUUUGUGUAAUCUUUUUCUGUCUUGUGCAUGUGUUCAGAUGCUACAUAAACAUGAGCCAACUUGCACUGAAAAUAUUUGGCAUAAUAUCCAAAUUGGUGUUAUUUUUGAUGACUGCAUAAACCUCAGAGAUUUCAUGAGACACAGAAGAUAACUCUAUUUGCAAUUUAACCUUUUAAAAAAUGAUCCUGAGUAUGUAUUUAUUUUGGGGGGUCAGCUGUGUGUGUUUGGUUAUCCAUCAUACUAUGUCAUAGGAACUUAAUGUUUACUCCAGCUAGAUGCCCUCUUCACUUUUCUGGACCUCUGUUCCCCAUCCCCUAAGUCUUAAAACCAUUUUUCAUCUGUGAGGUCAUUGAGGCACUGGACUUGAUUAUGUUGGUAACUUUUAGGGGGAGUUGAACUGUUGAUCUUCCAAGAAGAAAGGGACCAGACAGUGUUGCUUAAAAUGCUGCAAUUGUGUUACUGUGAAGAAAAGAUUUGCUUCCACUUUCAGCAGGCCAUAAUGUAUUCAUUCUGGUAAAAAAUAGGUGGGAAAAUCUGAGAACAUAAUCACCUUCACAAAUUAUAGAUACACUGGGUGAGAAGCUUACUGUAGAGCAGUCACCAGAAACAAACCUAACUGUAAUGCUUUCAGUAGUGUAAUAUUUGUAUCUAUUUCCAUGCCAGCAAUGUCCGCUGUGCACUGUGUCCUAUUACUGUAAAUCACCUGGUUUAUUAUUCUAAUGGGAGUUAACUUGUUUUGUAAUGGAAUCCAGAGCAGAUAUGUAUAAUAUGAUCAGGAUUGUCCUACUGUUGUAAAUAAGAAUAGGUCCUGUUUAUUUUGACAUCUUUUUACAAAUGCAUUGUAUUAGGGUGUGAAUAUUCUGAACCAUGCUCUUGUUUAAAGUUUUGAAAUUUUUAUUGGUAAAUGUAACAUUUUAAUGGUUGUAAUAAUUAUUUGUAUAGAUAUGAAUAUAGUAUUUUAUUUAAGAAAAUAAACUUUGCAUUUUUGUAUUGUGAAUUCUAUCUUUUCUGACCAUUGCAUGUGCCACUUCAAGCCUGGUAUGAAAAUGACUUCU